GUUUCGCCUAUCCAAUCCAGUUUCGUUCAUUUGACUUGGUAGCACUGGUUGUUUUUUGGAUUGUUAGCAUUUAAAAAGAAAAUGUUCAGUCAGUACCUGCUAUUAUUUUAAAGUGAGAGUGGUGUCGUUAUUUUGCUUAUGUUUUAUAUCUAUUUGGAAGUGAUACUACCAAAAAUUUAGAUUAUGCCUCUUACAAUAAAUUCCAAAGUAGUGAGUAUUACACAAUAACCUAUUAUUUUAUAAAACUUUUAGGUUAUAGAUAUUUUCUUAUUUUACUUACUAGUUACUGAUAAUUGUAUUAUCAUUCGAUAUAUUAUCACAUUGAUAAUAAUAUAGUAAGUAUGGGAUGUUUGAUUACAAUUCUUAUUGUAGUUCAGGCUUUUGAACAAACAGCAUGAGUGAAACUGGCAGUGCGGUUGGUAUUUAGUUUACAAUGAUUGAUCAUCGAGCUGAGCGUACUGUGUCGUCCGUCCCGUCAGUCACACAUCACUUACUAUUUCGUCAGUUAUCAUUAUAAUCCCCUGUAUCACAUUGUUACGUCGUGAUUCUUGUAUGUUUUUUGGUCAUUCAGCUUUAUGUUGUGUAAUGAUGAUGAUGUGUGCUUAUAAGUUGUUUGUCACGAUGACGAUGUGAUAAUAUUUAGGUAGUCCAGAGAUAACGAGUUCAUGACACUGAAUAGUUUAUGAAAGUCAAAUCAACAGAAUGCAUGUGUAGAUGCUGUGCAGUUUAAUAUUAGUUUUUUUUAUAAUAAACCAUUUGCAUUUAUUUAAUCUUCUCUUAGUCCAAAUAUCAUAGAAUCAUGAGUGAUUUAAAGUUUGUUGUAAGUGAAUUCCUGGAAAAGAAUCAAAUUUUACCAAUAGUGGUGGGUGUUGGCUCAGUAAUAGUAUUGGUCACUGUUGUUGCAAACUGCUUAUGGGGUAGGAAAAGUAAGAAACAAGUGAAGAAAACACUAGUUGACCCCAAUGUUAAGUAUCCAUUGCCCCUAAUAGAGAGAGAAGAGAUCAGCCAUGAUACAAGAAGAUUCCGCUUUGGUUUACCAUCAGAGGAACACAUUUUAGGGUUGCCCAUUGGUCAACAUAUACAUUUAUCAGCAAAAAUAGACGAUGAUCUAGUCAUUAGAGCAUAUACCCCUGUCUCAAGUGAUGAAGAAAAUGGUUAUGUUGAUUUGGUUAUUAAGGUAUAUUUCAAAAAUGUUCACCCUAAAUUCCCAGACGGAGGAAAGUUAUCUCAAUACAUGAACAACAUGAAACUAGGUGACACUAUUGAUGUACGAGGACCAUCUGGAAGGCUACAGUAUACUGGAAAGGGAACAUUCCUCAUCAAAAAGUUGAGAAAGGAUCCUCCUGUUAAAGUUGUUGUUAAAAAGUUGAAUAUGAUUGCAGGUGGCACUGGCAUCACGCCAAUGCUCCAGCUGGUCAGGCACAUUUGCCGCGAUGCCAACGACCCCACCGAACUGAGACUGCUGUUCGCCAACCAGACGGAAGAAGACAUUCUAUUGAGGGACGAACUCGAGAAAUAUCAAAGUGAUCACCCCAAUCAGUUCAAGCUGUGGUACACAAUCGACAGACCCGGAGAAGGAUGGACGUAUAGCGCAGGCUUCAUCAAUGACGAUAUGAUCCGGAAUCACAUGUUCCCACCAGGAGAGGACGUUAUUACUCUCAUGUGCGGACCUCCUCCUAUGAUCAACUUCGCCUGCAAUCCAGCCUUAGACAAACUGGGAUACCAAGAGAAUUUGCGCUUUGCCUAUUAAUAUCAUAUAUCUUAAUAUCAAAACACCAUUUAUCUUUAAAUAUUUUAUAUUUAAUUUAUGUGUCCAAUAUAACCAAAAUAUCCAUUAUUUCUAGUGUACCUAAAAAGUAUUUCAAAAGUAAUUUUUGUAAUUUAUUUUAUAUUGCCUGUUUUAUGCAUUUAUAAAGCUGUUCACGUAAAUUAUGAUAUUAUUCGCAUUCGUAUUUUGGUGUAAGAUGUUUGUUAAUGUGCGUUAAUGAAUCUAGUUUGUAAGUUUAAGUAAAAGUUCCGUUGUUCCUUUGUUACAAGUAGAUAAUUGUGUAUUUUGAAUAAUAAAAAAGAUAUUUGUUUUUCUCAUAUUUCUUUGGCUCUUAUAUGGCAUUCUUUAUAAUUAUGCCUGUUCUAUUGUGGUGACCUAUUAUAGGACUGAUUUUGAUACGUGAUGUAUCGAUAGACAUUCCCGAGAGACAUCAUAUAUGAAUUCUUAAAAAAAAACGUGAUUGUCGUGGAAUACCCGGUUAGAACGAAUUAUUUGAGUUAUAACAAAUCAGUCUAAUCACACCUUAAUAUAGCUCACACUACUUAGACACAUGGGAAAUUAAUUCAAUCAGAAUCAAAUUGUACCACCCAGUACAUCGAAAACUAAUCAUUUCGAUACAAUGGUUGUGCUGCACGAACGCGUUUUUACUUCGGAAGUUUUAAAAGAAAAUAUGAGAAAAGUGGACGCUCUCUCAGCUGAUAUUCUAGAUGAAGAUUUCAUGAGAAUAUUCAAGCCGAUCCAUAUUCUUCAAACAAUACUGGGGUUUCAACGUGUGAAUAUAAAACAUGGAUUCGUGACGACUUCUUCAAAAUUGUAUAAGUGUUACAGUUGCACGUUGUGGAUUAUGAGUGUUGCAUGCGUCGUUUUUACUUCACUGCAAUGCGACACCAGAUCUAGUUCAAGCGACUCGAAUUUUCAACUGCAAUGGGGAUUGCUUAUAGACGGCUCCUUGAACAUGGUGAUAGCUUGGCGAAAUAGUUUCUGUGACGCUACUCUAAAUAGCCAACUUUAUGUGAAACUACAAAAAAUCGACCGAGAACAGAGUAUGAGCAACACAAAACAACUGAAUGAUAAACUCUUUAAGUUAUCACUAGUCCUUGUUUUGGUUAGUUCAAUGUUCAAUAUCAUAUUGACAAUGUACUACGCUGUUAUACUGCAGAAUGGUACGUGUGCCACUGCCUAUAUUGCAAUGCUUAGCCUUAUAUCCAACUGUACGGAGAUGGUUUUAGUAUUGUUAAUGUUAAUUUUCGUUAUAUUACGAGUAAACCAUAUUAAUCGUUUCCUUCAAAGUAAAUUAGUGAAGGCAUCUGAUACUGAUAUAGUGAAGGAUAACAAAAACUCGCCAGAGCUUACCCAAAACGGGAAAUUGCAUUUGAUCGUGUGCAGCGUUCAUUGCGUGCUUGAUUGUUUAGAUACUAUUAUGACCCUUUUCCGUUUUGCGGUGAGUAGCCUUAAAAGUUUAACGAUGUAAUAACGC